AUGUCUUCCAUCAGCAAUUCAAAUCAACAAACGGACACUGAAAAAGCUGUUUCCCAAUACGAGAAACGCAAACGAUUUCUUAGCUUGUCUCGGAGGUCUACGAAAAGCACUUCCAAUAUGGAAGUCAAGACCGUUAAGAUCCCGGAACCGCCCCGGGUUCCUCUCCUGGGAAAUGUUACCGAUAUCGACAUGGAGUACCCUUUAGGGUCGUUCAUUCACUUGGCUAACAAAUAUGGCCCAAUUUACAAAGUAGACCUCCUUGGACAAAAGACCGUUUGGGUCAACACACAUGCGUUGGUCAAUGAAAUUUGUGGUGAUGACAGGUUUAAGAAGAGCAUUGACGGCGAACUUGAGGAUGAAGGUUUUGCUAACUUUUCAACUUUGAAGCAUUUACGUGAGGCCGUACAUGACGGAUUGUUCACGUCCAAAGGAGAAGAAGAGGAGAACUGGGGAGUUGCGCACCGGGUCUUGAUGGCCGCCUUUGGCCCCCUUGCCAUCAGAGGCAUGUUUGACGACAUGCACGACCUCGCGUCUCAAUUAGCUCUCAAGUGGGCUCGUCACGGAUCCUCAACACCAAUUUCCAUUGGAGAAGACAUGACGAGACUCACCAUGGACACAGUCGCUCUCUGCUCUAUGGGUUUCAGAUUCAACUCCUACUACCGUGAGGAUACGCACCCGUUCAUUACCGCCAUGUACCGGGUACUGAAGGAAGCUGGUGACAAAACAUUACGUGUCUUGCCUCAGGUAUUUUACAAGUCGCAGGACAAAAAGUACAAAGAGAAUAUCAACUUGCUACGAACAACAGCCAGGGAGGUACUGCAGGCCCGGAAAGAAGAUCCCAACGGCCUAAAUACCAGGAAGGACCUCUUGACAGCCAUGCUGACCACGGUCGACACGGUCACUGGCCGGAAAAUGACAGACGAGAGCAUCAUCGACAAUCUCAUUACCUUCCUGGUUGCAGGCCACGAAACCACGGCAGCAACGUUUUCUUUCACUAUGUACUGGCUUAUCAAGAGGCCGGAGGUGUAUCGUAAAGUCCAACAAGAAAUUGACAGUGUUGUGGGCGAAGGCCCCAUUCGUCAAGAGCACGUUGGAAAGCUCAAGUAUUUAUCUGCGGUCUUACGAGAAACACUGCGCUUUAGCGCACCUAUACCAGCCUUUGCAAGGGAGGCCAAGAAAGAUGAGAUCCUUGGGGGCAAAUACCCAGUCAAGGCAGGAGAGACGCUCGUCGCAUGCCUGGCCAAGUCUCACUUUGACCCAGCAGUCUAUGGCGAUGAUGCCGAGGAGUUCAAGCCUGAGAGAAUGCUGGACGAGAACUUUGACCGCCUGAUGAAGGAAUUCCCCAACUGCUGGAGUCCAUUUGGCACGGGAAUGCGUGGUUGCAUUGGCCGCGCUUUUGCUUGGCAAGAAAUGCUACUCGCUCUUGCAGUUCUUUUCCAAAACUUCAACUUUGUCGCCCACAACCCGAACUACGACUUAAAGAUAGCCCAAACACUCACCAUAAAACCCAAGGACUUUUACAUCCGGGCAAUUUUGAGAGAGGGGUUGACCCCUUCUCUUCUUGAGGCUCGCCUUGCAGGAUCCAUUGUAGCGACUGGCGCUGGCGCUAAAGCCGCGACAUCUGAUGCACAGGUGAAGAAAGCUCCAAAGGAUACAUGCGGCAGCAACGGUGCGUCAAAGAAUAGUAAGCUGGCCGUGUUCUACGGGUCCAAUGCAGGAACCUGUGAGUUCAUGGCCCAAAGACUUGCCAGUGACGCCGCGUCGCACGGGUUCAGCGCAACAGUAGAUUCGCUCGACACUGCCAGAGAAUCUCUUCCAACUGAUGGCCCCGUCGUGAUUAUUACGUCUUCUUAUGAGGGUCAGCCACCGCAUAAUGCGGCGCUGUUUGUUGACUGGUUGACCAACUUGAAAGGCAAAGAACUUGAGAAUGUUUCAUACGCGGUUUAUGGUUGUGGACACGGAGACUGGGUCAAGACACAUCAGCGCAUUCCGAAACUGGUUGAUUCGUCGCUGAGCGAGCAUGGAGCAACUCGACUUGUCCCUCUCGACACAACUGACGCCAAGGAUCGUGACAUGUUCUCGGACUUUGAGGCAUGGGAAGACGAGAAGCUAUGGCCAGCACUUGUCAAGCAGUUUGGUGGCCACAAUGAAGCGGAAGACGGUGGAAUAUCCGAUGCAGGCUUGUCAGUUUCGUUUUCAACGCCCAGGACCUCGACUCUCCGCCAAGACGUCAAAGAUGCCCUUGUCAUUGAUUCACACGUCCUUGUUCAGGGCAAUGUCGGCCUGGAAAAACGACACAUUGAACUUCAACUUCCAACCAACAUGCGAUACUCAGCGGGCGACUACAUGGCGGUACUUCCGCAUAACCCGAAAGAUACUGUUGCUCGCGUCAUGCGUCGCUUCCACUUGACCUGGGACUCGCAUGUUACUAUCCAGUCCGCUGGCCCUACAACACUGCCAACUAAUGUCAGCAUCCCGGUUUCUGACGUUCUCAGUUCGUACGUGGAAUUAUGCCAAACAGCGACAAAAAGGAACAUUUCUGGGCUAGCGCAGCUGGCAAAGGACGAAGAAGUUCGAAACAGCCUCCAAAAGCUGGCUGCUGACGCCUAUGACUCUGAGGUCAAGGCUAAGCGCCUCUCUGUUCUCGAUAUUACCGAGAAAUUCCCCUCCUUGGCCGUUCCAUUCAAUCAUUUCUUACUCAUGCUGCCGCCAAUGCGUGUCCGUCAAUACUCAAUCUCUUCGUCUCCGUUGGUGGACCCUGGCGUCGCAACACUCACAUAUGGUGUCCUUGAUGAGCCCGCGUUGUCCGGCAAAGGUCGGCACAUCGGCGUCACUUCUUCUUAUCUCUCCUCUCUCACUGCUGGAGACAAAGUUCAGGUCGCAGUUCGUCCGGCACAAGGUGGCUUCAAGCUGCCAAUCGAUAUGGACAAGACUCCUAUUCUUUGUGUUGCCGCCGGCACUGGGCUGGCGCCGUUCCGCGCCUUCGUCCAGGAAAGAGCGAUCCUCAUCGGUAACGGCCUUUCUCUUGCGCCCGCAAUUCUGUUCUUUGGAUGCCGCGACCCGGCGGCAGACGACCUUUACCGCGAAGAAUUUGACAAAUGGGAGGCUUUGGGAGCAGUUAAGGUAUACCGAGCAUACAGCCGCAAACCUGAGGCUUCAGAUGGGUGUAAAUACGUCCAGCACCGGAUUUGGAAGGAGAGGGAAAUGCUUUACGACCUUUGGGACCAGGGUGCUAAGGUGUACGUCUGCGGUUCCAAUCAGAUUGCUGAGGGCGUGAAGGAGAUUGUUCUCAAGGCCGCACAUGAGAAGAGCGAGAAGGAUGACGGCGAGCCGAUGAGUGAGGAGGAGAUGGAAGAAUGGUUCAACCGCAUCCGAAAUGAGCGCUACGCGACCGAUGUCUUCGACUGA